AUGGAAGAUGAAUUAUUAUAUCGUGGUCGAUUUGAUCAUAUAGGAGAUCGUAAAUUUAAUUCCGUACGUUUAUUUGUUAGUUCAACAUUUACUGAUACAACAGAUGAACGAAAUGGACUUAUUAAUCAUGUUUAUCCUCGAUUACGUGAAUAUUGUCUUAAUAGAUACAAGAUACAAUUUCAAUAUUCGGAUAUGCGUUGGGGUAUUCAAUCAACAGCAUCAAAUACUCAUGCAACAGUUGAUAUGUGUUUACAAGAACUUGAUAUUUGUUAUCGAUUAUCCAUGGCUACAAAUUGUGUGAUUUUAUUAAGUCAUCGAUAUGGUAGUCGUUUUGCUCCUGCAUGUAUACCUUCACGUAUAUUUCAACAUCUUUUAUCGAAUACUGAAGAUAAAACUCUUUUAUCUGAAAUGUAUCGACUGGAUGAAAAUUAUCUUGAUCAAAAAUAUUUUCUUCAACCAGUCGAUAAAGAUAAUAAAGAAAAAUGGAAUGAAUCAGAAAAAAAAUUACAAAUUAUUCUACGAAAAGCAGCUGAACGAUGUUAUGAACAAAAUUUAAUAACAAAAGAUGAACGAGAUGAAUUUUAUAUAUCAGGUUUAACAAAAAUAAAAUUACCCGCAUAUAUAACAUUUUAUAUUUUAGUAACAGCACAAGAAAUUUAUCGUGCAUUAUUAA